AGCUUGAUUUCUUGUGGAGCAGAUUUUAGGCAGCGCCGGUUUUCUUUCCUGUAUCAUUUUUAUACCUUGGCGAAGGGUAUAGGCGUAUAAUCAGCGCUUGUGUACAUUAUUCUCAGCCAUUGCGACGCGCUGUUAGUAAAAGACCCCCCUAGUGCGUGCGUUUUCACAUUUUUAGGGCUAUCGCGGUUUCAGUGUGGGUGGGUGUUUUCCAGUGAGGUGUUUUCUUGAUUUAUCCAUUAUGAUGCGCCUACCACGAUUGGAUUUAUUAACGAUAUGCUGCUUGAUCGCCGUGAACCUGUGCGCUUCGCAGCAAGCCGCUCCAACCAUAGCCUCUAUUUCCCCUGAGCAGAUCAAGGACAUCGGCGAUAGUGUUACGUUAGAAUGCGAUAUUACCAACGUAGGCAAAUUCACCGUUGGAUGGCAGAAAACCAAUCGUGAGCGGUCACAAAAUGUUAACACUAUUUCGUUGGGUCCAACGCUAGCCGUUGCAGAAGAGAGAUUUAAUUUAAGCGUCGAUAAGGAAAAUAAUACGAUGAAGUAUAAACUGACGAUCAGUGACAUCGUCAAUACGGACGCCGGCCUGUACGAAUGUCAGAUUCAGGUGAACAGUACCAAUAAAGUGACCGCUACGGUUGAACUGCAGGUCCGUCAUCCGCCGUUGCUGCAGGAUAAUCUCGCCGCCACUACUGUUACGAAAGCGGAGGGCGAAGACGUCAAACUGAGCUGUUCGGCAGAGGGUUAUCCGCGUCCCGCGAUUACCUGGAAGCGAGAAUAUGGAGCUAUUCUACCAAUCGGUGGUCAAAGUUACGCCGGUAGCGAGCUGUCGUUAACCUCACUAACCAAGGAAGAUCGCGGAACGUAUUUCUGUCUCGCCGACAAUGGUGUUGGAAAGCCCGAUUCAAAAACGAUCAAUCUAGAGGUGGAAUUCGCACCGGUCAUUUCUAUCCCUCGGCCAAAAGUAGCACAGGCUACUGAGUAUGACAUCGAGUUGGAGUGCGUAGUACAGGCCUUCCCAUCACCAUCGGUUUCAUGGUUCAAGAAUGGACAUCCCAUCCACAAUGGCGGCUCGUUUAGCAUCUCACAAACUGGACAACCGGAUGAUUUGACCACCUCGGUGUUGAAAGUUAACUCAGUUGAAAGCUCACACUAUGGCGAUUACAUCUGCAAAGCUUCGAACAAAGUGGGUCAUUCUGAGGCAAGGCUGAAUCUAUAUGAAUCGAUUAUUCCAGUAAGCUACUGAAAUGUUCCUUAGUUUGUCUAGCUUUUCUGUUGCCUGUGUUUUUCGUUUGUGUUUCACAAAGAGCAACGUCUUCCAAAUAUCAAUUACUCAGGUCUGAAAUGGUCCAGCUCGGCGCACGUUCUUGCGAAUCAUUUGGGAAUCAUUACAGUAACCUUACUGUUAGCGACGCUAUUGUGAAUAAGAAAGCUGCGAAGUUAGCUGCCAAAA